ACGUCAUUUGUCAAAAUGGCUGCUCUUUUUGGACACGGGAAUCCACUGUCAACUCCGGUUGGACAGUUAAUAGAAAGGGCGACAGAUGGGACUCAGCCCUCUGAGAAUUGGGGCCUCUACAUGGAGGUUUGCGAUAUGGUUAAUGAAACGGAAGAAGGGCCGAAGGAUGCCAUUAAAGCGAUCAGGAAGAGGUUGAAUCAGAACAUGGGCAAAAAUCACACUGCUGUUCUCUACACACUCACAUGUCUGGAGACAUGUGUGAAGAACUGUGGGAGGCGGUUCCAUGUGUUCCUGGCAAGCAAGGACUUCCUCAAUGACAUGGUGAAGGUGAUAGGGCCGAAAUAUGACCCCCCUCAGGCCUUACAGGAGAAGGUCCUUAACAUGAUACAGACUUGGGCUGAUGCGUUUCGGGCUAGUCCAGAGCUGAAGGAGGUAGAGAAGGUGUACCAAGACCUGAAAUCCAAGGGCAUUGAAUUUCCUAUGACAGACCUCGAUAACCUCGCACCCAUUUACACACCAGCUAGGACCCAGGGUGGAGCAGAUCCUGAGCCCCCUAGCAGGUCACGGGGAUCCACCACAAAUAGAGCUACGCUUCUGCAGGAUCAGGUUGUUCCUCCCCCGCAGAUGCCCGCACAUCGUCCUGGCGUACCUGUUGUGCCAACACAGGACCAGCUGGCUAAACUGCGCAGUGAGCUUGAUGUUGUACAGGGAAACGUGCGCGUCAUGAGUGAAAUGUUGACAGAACUUACGCCCAACGAUGUAGACUCAUCUGAUUUAGAACUACUGCAAGAACUGAAUAGAACAAAUCGACAGAUGCAACAGCGGAUAGUGGAGCUACUGGAUGGUAUCCCUAACGAGGAAGUGACUAAUGAGCUGUUACGUGUGAAUGAUGAUGUGAACAAUGUGUUUCUGCGCUAUGAGAGGUUCGAGCGAUACCGGACCGGCCAGACAGGGCAGACCCCGUCAGAACCAGCACCCACAGAGUCACACGCUCCCCCGUCAUAUAAUGAGACUGUUCAGGAUCAGAGUAGGAGCCAGAAUGUUGGUAACCUGAUAGACCUAGGUGAGGAAGCCCCCACCACCAACACAACCGAGGUCACAAACAGGCUAGCACAAAUGAGUGUGAAUGGAGGUGCUCCUGCAGCGGGCCAGGAUGAUGACUUUGAUAUGUUUGCUCAAUCCCGCAAGUCCUUUGACCAAAGCAAGGACAAUCUUGGUUCUGGCACAAACUAUGUGAACGAGGACCAGUUUACACAAGGAACCGGGAUGGGAGCAGCGGUGAAUAUGAAGGCAAACCUCACUGAUGAAGAAAUUCUACAGUUGCAAGACAAAGAUACAGACUAUGAUGAGAUGGAACAGUGGUUGAAACAGCAAGAGGAGGCAUCAGGAGCCGGCAAAAAGGACUCUGCCAUCUCCAGCACUGAGUUUGACCAGUUCUUGACAGACCGCUCGGCUGCUUCUAAUGUUCCCUCUAUCUCCGCCCAGACUGGCAACCAGGCACGCAACACACGCCAGCUUCAAAAGGAUGAUGAUGAUAACCCCAUGUUUGCCUUGUAGGAUAUGUUUAUCCUCUAUCCAAGACUUUAUGUGACUUCUUUUCUCACCUGAUCAGCUGCAGUACCUCUAGUUAUCUCCCUUGCCUGCUAGUGGGCACCUGCUGGUGGGAGCUAAAUGCUGAAGCAGCAUGUGUUUGAAAUUGGUUAAUAUUCAGUUUGGUUAUCCUAAAAUGAUUGGUCGUGUUGUUCCAAUAAUUAUAAUUAACCAUAUAAAUCAUAUAAAGGUGCAAGCUAGAUUAAAAAUAAUCUGUUGACAACUUAUCAAAGUUUUAUACAGUUUGCUGCGGGUCACUGAAUCUCUGUACAUGUUCACCGUGUAGCUCCUUCAAAAGGACAUGUCAUUUGAAAUGAUCGGAACAUGUACAUGGGUACUACAUACCAUGAGCUCGAACUGUUCUUCACUUCCAAGAAAUGUUUUAUUUAGUUUUCAGUAUCAGUAUAUAUAAGUGUUACAUAAUAAAAUUUAACAUUCAGCUUCAACAAUACAGUAAACUCCAAGUGCUUUGGGUCGGGCUUUAAUCACACAUGUUUUGCAAGCGCCGCAAUUUUUUUGAAAUAUGAAAAGCAAACAUAAUCAUCUUUUGUAUGUCUCUGUUUAGCUGUUCAAUGCAAUAUGUGAACAAAGAUGUAAAUUAUGUACAAAAGCAAUUUUUUAUGUUGUGUUUAUUUCUUGCACUCUCAUAUAACUAAAAAGUGAAAGCAUUUAAGUUUUUCUAUAAAAUGAUACAAACUUGCAGAAUUAACUUUCCUUAAAUAUGUUUAUAAAUAUUUGUCAUAUUUAUUUAUUGUUGUAACUGUAUUCCAUUGGUUUCAUUUGUUGAUUCAGUUCUUUAGUUAUUGAAUAAAUGAGUUUUAAAAUAAACAUAAUUAUAAAACUAAGUUAGAAUUUUAGAUUGUAAGGAGUGAUUUGAAAUUAAUUUUGUUUUUAUAUCCAUUCAAAAAAGUACCACAUUGGUUUCUAUUUUUUCUAUGGAAAAAAAAUGUUAAUUACAACAGCUUGCUGAUUAACUAUGACCUAUAACUAAAAUAGUAUAACUCAUGUCUGGCUCAAGUACAACAUACCAAUUUAACUGAUGAGAAAAGACAUGCAGUCUAUGUAUGCAUAUGUUUAAACUCUAAUUGUGAUAAUUAAAAAAUGCAGUAAAAAUAAUAUUGGCGAAUGCUAUAGCAACAUAUAUUGUAGCAUUGGAGUAUUGCAUUAGCAAUUAGAUGUUAGUUUACAAAGGUUGAAAUUAGCACAAGCUCACAACCCCUGAACUGGUGAAAUACUUCCUGGGCUCGCUUAAGUUCUGGAUUUUAUAUAGCAGAGCUUGUUGAAUUUUUUUACUGCCAAGCCCUUGUAUAAGAGUUAAGGCUUGCUCAUCCAAAAGUCUUAAUUAGGAUGACUGAGUUUAUGUUGGUGCCAUGCUUAAAGAGUAAAGUUCUGAAAUCUUGCAUACACACUAUGUUUUGUUUUAUGUGCAAUGUUAUUGCAUUUCGUUGUUGUUUGACACAAUGAUGCGUCCUUUUUUAUUUGUAUUUGUAUAAAUGAUAGAAAACAUUUUAUUUCAUACAUGUAUAUAUGAUAAUAUUAUGAUGUACUUUCUAAUGGAAUAUGAAAAGGUUGAUUUGGUUUACAAUGUACAUGUAUUUAAGAAAGUGUAAAAGAACCGCUUUAUAUUAUUUUCACCAAAUCAUAAUUUUAUUGUAUUUCGCAACAGGAAUCCAAUUAUUUAGAAAGAUCCAUAUCUUUGUUUUCCAUGCCAAAACAGUUGUUUUACUCUUGUUAUGAUUGGACUGGUAUCAUGCUAUUUCUAGAAAAACAAUGUAUCUAGUGCAUCUUAUUUAAACAGAGUCCUGAAAAAAAGUGUGAGAAAUGUGUGUUGUUUUUGAGAGAUUGCAAAGGUGACUUCUUCUUUUAGGCAAAUAAAUUUAUUUGGUAACAUUAUAUUUUUAUUUUUUGUUCAAUUUUAGUUGCUUACAGCAAUGGCUUGUUUGCAGAUUUAAUGAUAAGUUUUGAUUAUGUUAUCUUUUCUUACGAUUUUGUACAUCAAUAUUUAUGAACAGAAUGUAAAAUGCAUUGUGACAGAUCUGUCAAUGCAAUUGAAAUACAAUUAUGAAUAUAAGGAUUGUUUUGUAAGCACUGUCACUGGUAAGUGUCCGUGCAUUUGUUAGUGUUUGUGAUAAUGUGUCAUUGUUAUCUCACUAUCAUGUCUAUAAUGAUUAUAUUGCAUGAAUAAAGAUAAAAAAUAA